GUUACAGUCAGCAUAUCCACGAUGCCAAGAACAACGACUACUGUGGACAAAAGCAAGUGCAACGAGACGCUGAGGAACUGGAGCGCUUCGUGAGUACGUGCUUUGGCCAGCACAUUCCAGUUCAUGCGCAUCUGCCGAAGGUUCAAGGUUUUGGCGCAUGCUCAGAUGCCUUGUUCCGGACCGUUGUGCAAGUCGCGCCCACCAUAGAGGAGGAGGCUCUGAAGAACGUGGUGGACGACAAAGGAAGAAAAGUGCGAAAAGGGCAGUUGAGUGAUGAUGACAUGUGGCAGCUUCGUGACCCUGCCGGUGACGAGACGCUUGCAAAGUUAUAUUAG